AGUGACGUGGACGUCAACAGCAAUGGCGGAAGGAGAAGAGGUCCUGCCACUGCCGACGUCGGGCGACGAAGGCUGGGAAAAAGAUCUUGAAGAAGCUCUGGAAGCAGGAGGUUGUGAUCUUGAAACUUUGAGAAAUAUAAUUCAAGGGAGGCCACUGCCUGCUGAUCUGAGGGCUAAAGUUUGGAAGAUUGCUCUAAAUGUUGCAGGAAAAGGUGAUAGUUUGGCAUCAUGGGAUGGUAUUUUAGACCUGCCAGAACAGAACACUAUUCACAAAGAUUGUCUGGAGUUCAUUGAUCAGCUUUCAGUGCCAGAAGAGAAGGCAGCACAAUUACUUUUGGAUAUUGAAUCUGUAAUUACCUUUUACUGUAAAUCCCGUAACAUUAAGUAUAGCUCAACCCUUAGCUGGAUACAUCUCCUCAAACCGUUGGUGCAUCUUCAGCUGCCACGCAGUGAUUUAUACAACUGCUUUUAUGCGAUCAUGAAUAAGUACAUUCCCAGGGAUUGUUCCCUGAAGGGGAGACCAUUUCAUCUUUUCCGAUUACUCAUCCAAUACCAUGAACCUGAGCUUUGUUCUUUUCUUGAUACAAAGAAAAUUACUCCAGACUCCUAUGCACUCAACUGGCUUGGGAGCCUUUUUGCCUGUUAUUGUUCCAUUGAAGUCACUCAGGCAAUAUGGGAUGGAUAUCUACAACAGGCAGAUCCAUUUUUUAUUUAUUUCUUAAUGUUAAUAAUCCUUGUUAAUGCAAAAGAAGUCAUUUUAGGGCAGGAGUCUGACAGCAAAGAAGAAGUUAUCCAGUUCUUGGAAAAUACUCCAUCCAGUUUGAAUCUAGAAGAUAUAGAAGACCUUUUCUCUCUGGCUCAGUAUUAUUGCAGUAAAACACCAGCUUCAUUUAGGAAGGAUAAUCACCAUCUGUUUGGCAGUACUUUGUUGGGAAUUAAGGAUGACGAUGCAGAUCUGAGUCAGGCUCUUUGCCUGGCCAUCUCAGUGUCAGAGAUCCUUCAGGCAAAUCAGCUUCAAGGGGAAGGAGUCCGGUUCUUUGUGGUGGAUUGCCGUCCUGCAGAACAGUAUAAUGCUGGGCAUUUAUCAACUGCUUUCCAUCUAGAUUCAGAUCUGAUGCUCCAGAAUCCAUCUGAGUUUGCACAGUCUGUAAAAUCCCUGCUGGAAGCACAGAAGCAGUCCAUUGAGUCUGGCUCCAUCGCUGGUGGGGAGCACCUCUGCUUCAUGGGCAGUGGCAGAGAGGAAGAAGACAUGUAUAUGAACAUGGUCCUUGCACACUUUUUACAGAAAAACAAAGAAUACGUGAGCAUUGCCAGUGGAGGAUUUAUGGCACUGCAGCAGCACCUGGCAGACAUCAAUGUGGAUGGACCAGAAAACGGAUAUGGCCAUUGGAUUGCUAGCACCUCAGGUUCAAGGAGCAGCAUCAAUUCUUCUGUGGAUGGUGAAUCUUCUAAUGGUUCAAAUGAUAGAGGAAUGAAAUCAUUAGUUAAUAAAAUGACUGUUGCUUUGAAGACAAAAUCUGUUAAUGUCAGGGAAAAAGUUAUCAGCUUUAUUGAGAAUACAUCAACUCCUGUGGACCGAAUGUCUUUCAAUCUUCCUUGGCCAGACAGAACAUGUACUGAGCGGCAUGUGAGCAGCAGUGACAGAGUGGGUAAGCCUUACCGUGGUGUGAAGCCUGUUUUCAGCAUCGGGGAUGAGGAAGAAUACGACACAGAUGAAAUUGACAGUUCUUCAAUGUCAGAUGAUGAUAGAAAAGAGGUUGUGAACAUUCAGACUUGGAUAAACAAGCCAGAUGUCAAGCAUCAUUUUCCUUGUAAAGAAGUGAAAGAAAGUGGACACAUGUUUCCUAGUCAUUUGUUGGUUACUGCAACACAUAUGUACUGUUUAAGGGAGAUUCUUUCACGGAAAGGAUUGGCCUAUAUACAGUCUCGACAAGCACUAAAUUCUGUAGUUAAAAUAACAUCCAAAAAAAAACAUCCUGAGCUAAUUACCUUCAAGUAUGGAAACAGUGGCGCUUCAGGAAUAGAAAUCUUGGCAAUCGAAAGGUAUUUGAUUCCAAAUGCAGGAGAUGCUACCAAAGCCAUAAAACAACAGAUCAUGAAAGUUUUGGAUGCUUUGGAAAGUUAAUGUAAACGAAAAUUAUUUCAGAAGAAAUUAAGGCAACCAAGAGAAAUAUGGACAUAUUUUCCUGACUGAAUACUAAUUGGAGACUUUCAUUUGCUUAUGGGGGUGCUUACAUAGCAAGUCUAAGAAAGUGUAAAUUAUUAUAAUCAAUCUCUGGACAGUUAAAUUUUUUUUAAUUUUCUUUUGCAUUUUUGGUUUUGUAAAAUGAUUU